AAAAAGAGCACCACAAAUCUCAAACUCUCAAGAUUGUUUUAGUCUUCGACGGGAGUUGGUUUAGACAAUUAGUUCAAGUAGAACCUAAAUUAAAACACAAAUCAAAAUGAGUUACUCGUGGGACAAACGCGUCGAAUUCAUUGUUGGUCACAUGUACGACAUUGACAACAAUGGUUUCCUGGAUAACAACGAUUUCCAGUGCAUGGCCCUCCGCGCCACCGUCGUUGAAGGCAAGGGCACCAUCAACCCAGCCCGCCUGAAUGAAUACAAAACCAUCAUGAAGGCUCUGUGGGAUGAGAUCUCUGCCCUUGCUGAUUUUGACAAGGACGGCAAAAUCACCACCGAUGAAUUCAAACAGGCCGUUAAGCAGACCUGCGUUGGCAAGUCCUAUGCCGAUUUCCCCAAGGCCAUGAAGGCUUUCAUUGAUGCUCACUACCAGAUGAUGGACAUCAACAACGACGGCCUCGUCAGCAUAGAAGAGUACCGUUAUAACUGCAUUACCAGAAUCGCCCUGGAUGACAUCAAGCUGGUAGAUGAGUGCUACAACAACCUUGUCAGUGAUGAGGAUAACAAGCGCGGUGGAAUCACCCUGCAGAGAUACCAGGAACUGUACGCCCAAUUCAUGGGUAACGAGAACGAAAAGUGCUCCGCCAUCUACCUGUACGGCCCAAUCCCAGAAUAAGCCGUUCAAAACCAACAUUCGAAGAUUCACCAUCUAAAGAAAUAAAAUAAAAAUUUCCCACAACCGUAUUGCUCCUCGAAUGAUAGUUCCGGGCAAAAUCCAUAACAACAACAACAAUGAUGAUGCUAGAUGUGAACAAGAGGAAAAGAUCUAAAUCAACUUCUCGAUCAAACACCAUCUUGAUUCGAAUACUAAAACAUCCCAACUCACCUAGGAAGGUAAACAUCGAAAGGAAGAAGUCAAUGUUCAUUAAAUGAAAAAUUUACUAAUAAAAAAAACUACCAAACUCUA